AUGCGCUGUAGUCUCUGUUUGUCCCUGACUGUGGCUCCAGCGAACCACACGGUGACGGAGGAGCGCAUUGACGAAGUGGCGACUUCGUGUGACGCCAUCGGGGUUCGCCAGGCGGAGGCUGAGAGCCGCAUCUCCGCUCUGGAGGACGACACGGUGCCGCUGCAAGCCAGAGUGAACGAGCUGAUUAAGUCCAAUUCAGAUUUAGCUUCGCAAGUUUUGGAUCUUCAGGCUCGAUCAAGGAGGGACAAUUUAUCCGUCUCUGACAUCUCCAUUGACCGUGCCUACCGCACAUUUGGUCCACCUGCAGCUGCCGAUGGCCGCCCUCGCCCAGUCAUCAAGUUUCAUCGCUCGAGGGACGUCACCACGGUGUUGUCUGCAGCUAAACGCGCGGGGGACCUGCAGUACGAGGAUCGCCCUCUCUGCAUUGUGCCUGACAUUCUACCCGUGAUGCGACUCACAGUUUAG